GGCGGAGCAGGGAGGGGGCCUCAGGGCCCCCCCCCAACUAUGGACGAGCGGCUGCUGGGGCCGCCUCCUCCAGGCGGGGGCCGGGGGGGCCUGGGAUUGGUGGGUGGAGAGCCUGGGGGCCCUGGCGAGCCUCCCGGUGGCGGAGACCCUGGUGGGGGUAGCGGGGGGGUCCCGGGAGGCCGAGGGAAGCAAGACAUCGGGGACAUUCUGCAGCAGAUAAUGACCAUCACCGACCAGAGCCUGGACGAGGCCCAGGCCAAGAAACAUGCCCUAAACUGCCACCGAAUGAAGCCCGCUCUCUUUAGCGUCCUGUGUGAAAUCAAGGAGAAAACCGGUACGUGGGGCCUCAGCAUUCGAAGCUCCCAGGAGGAGGAGCCGGUGGACCCACAGCUGAUGCGCCUGGAUAACAUGCUUCUGGCAGAGGGUGUGGCUGGGCCCGAAAAGGGGGGGGGCUCAGCGGCGGCUGCUGCCGCCGCUGCAGCUUCCGGAGGCGGCGUGUCCCCUGACAACUCCAUCGAACACUCGGACUAUCGCAGCAAACUUGCCCAGAUUCGCCAUAUUUACCACUCGGAGCUGGAGAAGUAUGAGCAGGCAUGUAACGAGUUCACCACCCACGUCAUGAACCUGCUGAGAGAGCAGAGCCGCACGCGGCCGGUGGCGCCCAAGGAGAUGGAGCGCAUGGUCAGCAUCAUCCACCGCAAGUUCAGCGCCAUACAGAUGCAGCUCAAGCAGAGCACCUGUGAGGCCGUCAUGAUCCUGCGUUCCCGCUUCCUGGAUGCCAGACGAAAACGCCGGAACUUCAGCAAGCAGGCCACGGAGGUCCUAAAUGAGUAUUUCUACUCCCACCUGAGUAACCCGUAUCCUAGUGAGGAGGCCAAGGAGGAGCUCGCCAAGAAGUGUGGCAUCACUGUCUCUCAGGUCUCCAACUGGUUUGGCAACAAGCGGAUUCGCUAUAAGAAAAAUAUUGGAAAGUUCCAAGAGGAGGCAAACAUCUAUGCUGUCAAGACCGCCGUGUCAGUCACCCAGGGGGGCCACAGCCGCACCAGCUCCCCGACACCCCCUUCCUCUGCAGGCUCUGGCGGCUCUUUCAAUCUCUCAGGAUCCGGAGACAUGUUUCUGGGGAUGCCCGGGCUCAAUGGAGACUCCUACUCUGCUUCCCAGGUGGAAUCACUCCGACACUCAAUGGGGCCAGGGGGCUACGGGGAUAACCUCGGGGGAAGCCAGAUGUACAGCCCUCGGGAAAUGAGGGCAAAUGGCGGCUGGCAGGAGGCUGUGACCCCAUCCUCAGUGACAUCCCCGACAGAGGGACCAGGGAGCGUUCAUUCUGACACUUCCAACUGAUCUCGUCCCUCAGGGCCACAGGGGUGGGGACUCACAAGGCGACUCUUGAAGAGGAUGCAGGCAUCCAGAGAACAAACCCCAGACACAGGAG